GGUCUCGGCGGGUCAUCGAGUUUUUCUUCGAGACCAAGAAACAUCUGAUGAUUGUGCCCCGACGGCAGGAAGAAGAAGAACCGCGAGGAGGACGAGGAGAUGGGGAUGAUGAUGUUGAUGAUGGAGUCCGAUAGAAUUCGGGAGCGGCAGGUGCUUGGUUGUAUUGAUUCUACAGAACAUCUAGAUGUGGGCUCGGAGGAGAUGGUGGUCGACCUGAGUUGCAAGUAGUUCCAUCGAUACUCCUUCACAGCGUUACGUGGGAUAGCUUUGGGUCCUGGAUGUGGCUUGUCUUGUGCUUUUACUGCUGCUGCUGUUGCUGUUGCUUUGCCUGGGUGGUGUAGCGUGGGACUCCAUAAUCCUAGAAGAGAGAAACAAAGCCUCUUUAUCGACUUCUCUUUCUGUCUGUUGUGUUGUUUUGUUCUUUGUUGGUGUCUACAUUUUCGCGUUCGAGCCAUGGGAGCUUUUAUUCCUUUUUUGAGCAUCGCCUUUCCGUGUUCUAUCUACCCGAUUCGAAGAUAAUUUGGUUUUGUCGAGUUUUCUUCUGCUGUUCUCGUUUGGUGCUUUGACGCUGAUCCUCCCUUCUCUCAGGCAAAAAAAAAAAAAAAGAGUACGCAGGGGGGGGGAGAACGGCGCCGGUUCCGUGGCAGAAACCAUUGCCCGGUGGAGAGAACACAAUCGCCAGCUCGACCGUUCCAUGGAUGGUGAAGAGCGAGUUCGGAGAGCACCUGCAAAAGGUUCAAGAAAAGGUUGCAUGCGAGGCAAAGGUGGGCCAGAAAACCCUAAAUGCAGAUACCGUGGUGUAAGACAGCGUACCUGGGGCAAGUGGGUUGCCGAGAUCCGAGAGCCAAACCGGGGCAGUCGCCUUUGGUUGGGGACCUUCCCGACUGCUGUGGAAGCUGCUCUUGCCUAUGACGAUGCCGCAAGAGCCAUGUACGGUACCAUGGCCCGCGUCAACCUGCCGGGAGCUGUAGACGUCCCUGCCAUGAGAAGGGAGUCGUGCGAGACGACCACGACUUCACGUAAAUCCAGUGCGGUCGAUGGCUCCAUGUCUCGUGAGAUCGACCGCAAGGUUCCAAGGUUUGACCCGAGGGAUGAGGUGGCUUAUUCCGAUGCCACAGACGUCUCGGAUGACUGGGACAAGGAUGUGAAGCUGCUUCCAAAGGUCCAACAGAAAGAUAACGCGGAGAAAGAGUCUACUACGACCGAAGCGUGCGUAGAGCUUCGACAGACCGGUGAUCGGGAUCCUCCUACGACGGAUGGGCGGGAGGAAGAAUUCUCUGUAGAGGAGAUGCUGAGGAUGCUGGGUGCAGAUGCCGAAGCUAGUAUGGCCUGUCAUCUCGGUCCUGUUGGUAGGGACGUGAACUGGCAGGGCAUCAGUGCAGCCGACGACCUAGCGCUGGACUUGCAGCAGAAUCCAGAUGCUACACUGUGGGGCAUGGCGCAGAAUCCUCUGGGGUUCGACUACGGUGAUGAUAGUCUUUGGAGGCCACUGGGAGAUGACUGGGAGUACGGCCCGGUGGAGGUUCCAAAGAUGACGGAGUUGGGGACGUUUGAUGCUGACUUCUCGUCCGGCCCCAGGAGAAUACGAGGAGAAUAGUAUAUGCUCAGAAUGCUGUCGCCAUAUGUGUGUAAUGGUACUAGAAAUUUUUAUUUGUAUUUCUAGGGCGGUGUAAGUGAUGUGAGGGUGCGUAGCAGUAGCAGAAGUCAUAAGAGUCAUGUGACCACCUGGUGUUCUUUCCACUCAGUAGUGUUUUACUAUGCCUUGCCUGUGGAAGUACACGAGGCGUGAAGCUUCUUCUGAGCGGCCAAAAUGGCGUCAAACGAAGGGUGAGUGCGAGUGAGUCUGGGGAGAGAAAUGGUUUGUUUGGUGUCGGCGAGAGGUAAAAGGCGCAGAAGAAAGAAUCAUGCUUUUACGAUAGUAGUGCGAAUGUUGGGACUGUGGAUUCUUAACACACGAGGGGCAAACGAAGACAGCAGACUACGAGGUUUGGUGUAAUAUUGCAAUCGCAAGCCACAUCUCACGUGGCUUCUUCUACCUGAAUUAUUAACAUUAAAUUAUUAUGA